AUGGACGGCUUCGAAAGUAUGCUCCUUGGCGGCUACAACUUCGAACUCGACGACAACACUGGUUGGUUCGACAGCUGGGCGCCAGAUAUCAGCGCCGGCAACUUCUCGACGCCUUCCUCCGCCCCUGCGCCUGCGCCUGCCACGCCGAUACAGCAGCAGCCGCAACCCUUUGUCGCGCAGCAACAAACAAACAAACACCCAUACCCGACACCUCCUGAUGAAUUCACCCCGUCGCUUCACCAGAAUCGUGCGUGCUACCAAAGCACUCCUCAACACUACACGAAUACACUCCAGCAGCAGGUGAACAUGACACCGGCUCGACCGAGCCAGACUCAUGUUCAAAAUCAGAUGGGCUACCAGAGCACUCCUCAACACAACAUGGGCCACGGCUACCAGCUGCAGAACAUGACACCGGCUCAAGCGAACCCAUCUCCUCUCCGCCAGACGGCAUGCUACGAUCCCUCUCCGCAAUACAACCUGCGUCCCGUCUACCAGCGUCCUCUCCAAAAUCGGAUGGGCUGCCCAAGCACUCCUCAAUACAACAUGCGCCCCGCCCACCAGUCGGAGAACAUCACACCAGCUCGAGCAAAUCAGCCUCUUCUCCGCGAGCCGACGACCUACCCAGCCGCCUACCAGCACCAGACGGGCCUUCUUCGCCAGUCGGAGAGCUGGUCGCCGGCGAGACCAUGCCCGCCUCUUCUCCACCACCAGAUGUACUCCUCACCCGUCUCCCAGCGCCAGAUCGGACCCCUCCACCAGACGGAGAACGUGCUACCCCCCGGACCCAGCCCACCUCUUCUCCGCCGCCAGAUAUGCUCCCCGCCCGUUUCCCAGCGCCAGAUGGGGUCCGUCCCUCAGUCGGAGAGCCCGACGCCAGCUGGGGUCGGCCAGCCCCUUCCCCGCCAGACGAUGUACUCACCACCAGUCUCCCAGCGCCACCCGGUACCCAUUCCCCGAAUGGAGAACAGGCCACCAGCAAACCUGCCUACGCCCAUUCCCCGCUACACGCCCAUUCCCCGCCUGAACAAGAACGCCCCCGCCGUCUCCCAGCGCCAGAAAAUGCCCGUCCCUCAGUCGGAGAGCCCGACGCCAGCUCGAGUCGACCAGUCCCUCCCCCGCCAGACGAUCUCCCAACCCGUCCCCCAGCGCCAGAUGGCGCCUGUUGCGACUGCGAAGAAGGGAUGCAAGCGCGCCGCAGAGCAGCCGCUGCCGCAGCCGGCGGUGAAGAAACAGAAGACCUCCACACAAAUCCAAAAUCUCAGGGAGAACCUAGCAUGCGAAGAAGGCAAAAAACUCCUUGCUGGCCUCAGCAUGGGUGCCAGGCCAAACCAGACCAACACGACCCCAAUCACCCAAGUCGCCGCGCCACCAGCCUCGCAGUCGACGCAAGUCUCAAACGUCAACGAAACGGUAGCAUCUCACGAAUGGCGAGACCUCACCGCCCUCCUCAACAUGGGCACCCGGACAAACCAAAUCAACAACAACAAGCGCAACCUCAGCCUCACCCCCACCACCGGCACCGUACCAACCGUCGACCUCAUCACCCCGCCUCCCGUCUCAACCCCAGACCUCGAACGCUCGCUCGCAUACCACCUCACGGCCGAAAUACAACGGAUGGAUGCCGCGGAGGCGGCGAAGCGCGCGGCGGAGGUGAAGCGCGCUCUGCAGCAGGCCGGAUGUCCCCCGGGGUAUGUGCCGGCGAAUUGGGUGUGUGAGAGUGCAGUGGGGUAUCCCGGGAUUCCGCUGUCGUCGAGUGUGUGGCCGCAGACUGUGAAGGCGCAGGCGUAG